UCUUACUUGUGGGAGAUGCUGGAGAUAUUCCACCCUUUCCCUCGGAAGAGUCGAUGGUGCGCUUUCUUCCAGGCGAGCCGUGCGCCACAAAUAACCUGGUACCAUGAUAAAGAGGAAGUUGUUUUGUGGAUGAAUACUGUAGGACCGUAUCAUAAUCGCCAGGAGACAUACAAAUAUUUCUCUCUUCCUUUCUGCGGUGGGUCCAAAAAAAGCAUAGGACACUACCAUGAAACACUGGGAGAAGCCCUUCAAGGGGUUGAGCUGGAGUUCAGUGGCCUGGACAUCAAAUUUAAAGAUGAUGUGAUGCAGUCCACAUAUUGUGAAAUCGCCUUGGAUAAGCAGACCAGGGAUGCGUUCGCUUAUGCCGUCAAGAAUCACUACUGGUACCAGAUGUACAUGGAUGACUUGCCAAUAUGGGGUAUUGUUGGAGAAGCGGACGAAAACGGAGAAGAUUACUAUCUCUGGACAUACAAGAAACUUGAAAUAGGUUAUAAUGGAAACAGGAUUGUGGAUGUGAAUUUGACAAGUGAAGGGAAGGUUAAGCUGGUCCCCAACACAAAGAUUCAGAUGUCUUACUCUGUAAAAUGGAAAAGAUCAGAUGUGAAGUUUGAAGAUAGAUUUGACAAGUACCUUGACCCAUCCUUCUUUCAGCACAGGAUUCAUUGGUUUUCGAUCUUCAAUUCUUUCAUGAUGGUUAUUUUUCUGGUGGGCUUGGUUUCUAUGAUUUUAAUGAGGACACUGAGAAAAGAUUAUGCACGAUACAGUAAAGAAGAAGAAAUGGAUGAUAUGGAUAGAGAUCUCGGCGACGAAUAUGGUUGGAAACAGGUUCAUGGCGACGUCUUCAGACCAUCCAGUCAUCCGUUAAUAUUUUCCUCCCUUAUUGGUUCCGGCUGUCAAAUCUUUGCAGUUUCUUUCAUUGUGAUUAUUGUCGCCAUGCUGGAGGAUUUGUACACAGAGAGAGGAUCAAUGCUAAGUACCGCUAUUUUUGUUUAUGCUGCAACUUCCCCAGUGAACGGCUAUUUUGGAGGAAGCCUUUACGCCAGGCAAGGAGGAAGGAGAUGGAUAAAGCAGAUGUUCAUCGGCGCGUUCCUCAUUCCCGCGAUGGUGUGCGGCACAGCCUUCUUCAUCAACUUCAUUGCGAUCUAUUACCACGCUUCGAGGGCUAUUCCCUUUGGGACCAUGGUGGCCGUUUGCUGCAUCUGCUUCUUCGUUAUCCUUCCCCUGAACCUCGUUGGCACGAUACUGGGACGCAACCUUUCAGGGCAGCCCAACUUUCCUUGUCGGGUCAAUGCCGUUCCUCGCCCAAUCCCAGAGAAAAAAUGGUUUAUGGAACCAGCUGUUAUUGUUUGUUUGGGCGGGAUUCUCCCAUUUGGAUCCAUUUUCAUUGAAAUGUAUUUUAUCUUCACCUCCUUCUGGGCUUACAAAAUCUAUUAUGUCUAUGGCUUCAUGAUGCUCGUCCUGGUCAUCCUUUGCAUUGUGACUGUUUGUGUGACAAUUGUGUGUACGUACUUUCUGCUGAACGCAGAGGACUACAGGUGGCAAUGGACAAGUUUUCUGUCUGCUGCUUCAACGGCCAUCUAUGUUUACAUGUAUUCCUUUUACUACUACUUUUUCAAGACAAAGAUGUAUGGUUUAUUUCAGACAUCAUUUUACUUUGGAUACAUGGCAGUAUUUAGCACAGCACUGGGAAUAAUGUGCGGAGCGAUUGGCUACAUGGGAACAAGUGCCUUUGUUAGAAAAAUCUACACCAAUGUGAAAAUUGAUUAAGGAACCUGGACUCUGGAACAGCUAACAUUUUGGGGGGUGGGGUGGGGACAGAGUAUAUAAACUUGCACACCAAAAAGCGCAAGGCGAAAAUUGUGUAUUUAACACUGGGCACUCUGUGGGUCUCUCUCUCUCUCUCUUGUGGAUCAUUUAAAGCAACAUCUGUUUCCAUUGAUCCUAGGUUACUGACUUCCUCCAACUGUUUGCAGCGAAUGCUUGGAUUGUAUCCAAUAGGCAUGACCGCAGUCCAUGCGACUCUUCCCAAAAACUAGCUCAAAUGAAAUAGACUAGCUCUCUUCAGUGAAGAGGACAACUGUAUUUAAGCAUUGCUCCAUGUGAUUAAAAAGGAAAGUGAAGCACGUGGCUCCUAAAACUUUUCUGAUUUGUUAUUGGUACUUAAAAUUCUGUUCUGGAAAGGUCUCUUCCCUCCAAUGUUAGUGCUGUGUGACAGGAUGUGGGAACGCUGGGUGCUACCAGGAUAAUUUGCAAUAUCUGUUAUUGAACAUGCGUGCGUUUGUUUAAAGUGGCAAUUAUAGGCAUGCAAUAUCAGUUGAAUAGGGACCAACUUUCCAUCUGUUCAUCAUUAAAGGAAUGUCCAGCUAUGUGUCAGGUCCAUCCAAAGAAACGAAGUACAAAGGCGGAGUUCCCUGCACUGCAAUUCUUGUACAGUUAGCAAGUGAAAUGGUUAAAUGAAGAUGAUAAAUUCUGUUUUUAUUCAAUACUUGGAGGUCUAGAUAAAAAUAACUGAAUGUCUACAGUGAUUUAUUUCUUUUUUCCUAACUCAGUCGCCUGCUCCCAUCCCCAGAUUGGAGUGAUUACUUGAUGAUUUAAAGAGGGUAACAAGUGUAUAAAGCAUUAAAUGAUGUACCUUAGAUGUAGCUCCCAAUGUAUUUGGAUGUACAGAUUUACUAAAGAAUACUUUUUCUGAUAAUUCAGUGUACAAAUGUGUGAAUUUAGGUGGCUUUUUACAUCUUGCCUGCCAUUGCAUGAAAUGUUGGGGGUUUCCUUGCAGUGUGUGUGUGUCACGUUUUCUGUUUACUGAAGCUCUUUCAAAGCAAAAACUUGUAAUUUAUAACAGUUUAAUUUUUGUUUAGUUCUCUCUGAACACUUGUAUAAUAUCUAAAGCAAUGCUGCUUUAAGUGUUCAGAAAAUUUAAAAUAAACUUUUCAGACAAAUGUUCUGAUUGUGAAAAUAGAUA